AUAUCAGUUGAGACGAUCGUCUUCUUCUUUUCGGGUGUUUCGCGUCUUUUUUGUUUUCACCGCCUACCAAAUAGAAAAAUUUAAUUUAUUUUAAUCACCUUAAAAGCGGCGCAACUCCGCGUUUGUGUUAACCGUGACUUAUUGGCGUUUAAUUUGUUUAAUUCGCGAAUUAGUUUAAGUGAGGUUUUAAUUUUUUUAACUUUUGAUUUUUUGUGAGUGCCCUUUAAAAAUGCCGGUCUUCCAUACGAAAACAAUUGAAUCGAUACUCGAGCCGGUCGCUCAGCAGGUUUCCCGCUUGGUGAUUCUGCACGAAGAAGCUGAAGAUGGGAACGCAAUGCCUGACUUAGAACAACCCGUUAAAGUGGUUAGUAACGCAGUUUUAAACCUCGUUAAAGUUGGAAAAGAAACAAUAAACAGUUCAGAUGACCCAAUUCUCCGCCAAGACAUGCCAUCGGCUUUAAUUCGAGUCGAAAGAUCAUCAAAACUCCUCGAAGAAGCUAGUGGAAUGUUAAAACACGACCCUUUUUCGGGUCCGGCGAGAAAACGUCUCAUAGAGGGCAGUGGUGGUAUUUUACAAGCAACUUCCGCUUUAUUAUUGUGUUUCGACGAAUCCGAGGUUCGAAAAAUAAUUCGAGAAUGCAAAAGGGUUUUAGAUUACUUAGCUGUAGCCGAAGUGAUCGAAACUAUGGAAGAAUUGGUGCAAUUUUUGAGAGAUUUAAGUCCGUGUUUAAGCAAAGUGUCAAGAGAGGUCUCUGCUCGCGAGAAAGAAUUGACACAUCAAGUUCAUGCCGAAAUUUUAUUGAGAUGUUUAGAACAAGUCAAAACUUUGGCCCCAAUUUUAAUAUGUUCCAUGAAGAUUUACAUCCACAUAGCAUCCCAAGGCGGGAAAGGAAUCGAAGAGGCCGCCGAAAAUCGGAAUUACCUCGCUUUAAGAAUGAGCGAUGAAAUCAACGAGAUCAUCCGAGUGUUACAAUUAACGAGUUACGAUGAGGAACAAUCAGAUUUAGACAAUUUAACGGUGCUUAAAAAGUUACAAAGUGCAAUUCAAAAUAAGGUCACAACAGCCAACGAUUGGUUAAAUGACCCCAAAGCUUUAAAAGGAGGAAUUGGGGAGAAAUCGUUGAGACAAAUCAUCGAAGCGGGGCAAAAAGUCGCGGAAAGAUGCCUUCCUGCAGAUGCAAAUCGCAUCGAUCGUUUAUGCUCGGAAUUAGCAACAAUGACAGACGCCCUUUGCGAGUUAAGACAAGAAGGAAAAGGGGCUACCCCUCAAGCUGAAGCUUUAGCAAGAGGGAUUAAAGAUAAAUUAGGGGAUUUACAACAAGGUAUAAUGAACGCGGUUGUCGCCGUCGAUAAAGCAGGGUUACAACAAACCGCUCAUACAGUUCAAGGAAGGUUAGAACAAGCAAGAAAGUGGUUAUCAAACCCAGGUCAAGACGAUAAAGGUUUAGGAAGACGAGCCAUUGCUUUAAUCGUUGAGGAAGGUCGUAAAGUAGCCGAUGGAUUACCCGGAGUUCAAAAAUCCGAGAUUUUGCAGUUAUGCGAUGAAGUCGAUGGGUUCUCUCGCCAAUUAUCCGAUUUAUGCCAACAGGGGAAAGGCGAUACAGCCCACGCGCAAGAAGUCGCAAGGAAAUUAUCCCAAAAACUCCACGAAUUAAAAGAACGCAUUAACCAAGCCGUCGUUAACCGCGUAGUUGAAGAUUUCAUCGAUAUCGUAACGCCACUAAAACAAUUCACCGAGGCGGUUUUACUGCCGGAAGGAACCCCGCAUCGCGAUCAAACUUUCCUCGAAAAAGCCGGCGGGUUACAAAAUUUCUCAAACCGGGCGGUUAAAACGGCGAGAAUGGUCGCUGCAGGUAGUUCAAAUAAUUUUUUAAACAAAAGCGGAUCUGGUGGUAACAAAAAAUUAGCCGAAUCCUUACAAAGCACCGCAAAUCAAGUUGAAAGUAUCACCCCGCAAUUAAUAUCCGCGGGGAGUAUCCGAAUGAAUUACCCCGAAUCGAAAGCUGCCGAUGAACACUUUGAGAACUUAAAACAACAAUACAGCGAUCUUUUAGUGCGGACGAGAAAUCUGUGUGAUGAAGCGACCGAUUCGGGCGAUUUUAUAAAAGCUUCGGAAGAUCAAAUGAAGAAGCACACUUUUCUUUGCGAGGAAGCGAUCAAAAAUAAGCAGCCCCAAAAAAUGGUCGAUAACACAUCGGCAAUCGCUCGGUUAGCUAAUCGAGUACUUUUAGUUGCGAAACAAGAAAGUGAUAAUUCCGAGGAUCCCGGUUUUAUCGACGAAAUUAACGGCGCCACGGAGGAGGUGCAAAAUUCGUUGCCCCAAAUGGUGCAAGAUGCCAAAUUUGUCGCUGUUAAUCCAUCGGAUCAUUCGGCGGUAUCGAGAUGGAGAGAAUCAAAUAAAACUUUAUUGAGUGCCGUCGGUCAUGUUCGAAGCGCCGUUCAACCGGAUUUGCCUCCAUUACCCGAUAUAAAGCAACUAAAUAUUGUUCCACCGCAACAAACUUAUUUCAUUGACAAAGUUGGCGAACCUGUGCGUAACAUACCGCUGCCUCGAGCAGACGCUAGCGACUCACUUAGGCCGAUUUCACCUCAAACGGGGCGGGUCAGUCCUAUUCCUAAAUGGGCAAGAGGUGAUAACUCGGACAAUCUCUGUAAGGAAUUGAUUUCGAACCACCACGAAGGAAUUUGCCGAUUCAUUCCUCAGUAUUUGUCGGAAGAUGAAAUGGCGCCUCCUAGACCACCUCUUCCGAUGGGAGAAGCAGCCCCAAUGAGGCCACCACCCCCAGAAACUGAUGAUGAAGAUGAUGUUUUUAGGAACGCUCCGAGUUCGACUCAACCCAUCAUGGUUGCGGCUCAUAAUUUGCAUAGGGAAGUCCGACAAUGGUCGGCAAAAGACAACGAAUUAAUCGCAGCCGCUCGUAAGAUGGCUUUAUUAAUGGCUAAAUUAUCAGAUUUAGUCCACAACGAUGAUAAAGGAAGUAAACGGCAAUUAAUUGACACGGCGAAAGCGAUCGCUGAUUCCUCAGCUGAAGUAACGCGCAUCGCCAAACAAUUAGCGCGCGAAUGCACCGACAAAAGAAUCCGAACCAAUUUAUUACAAGUUUGUGAGCGAAUCCCCACGAUUGCCACCCAACUAAAAAUAUUAAGCACCGUUAAAGCCACAAUGUUAGGGGCCCAAGGAUCAGAAGAAGACAGAGAAGCGACCGAAAUGCUCGAAGGGAACGCCCAAAAUUUAAUGCAAAGUGUCAAAGAAACUGUUCGAGCCGCCGAAGGAGCCAGCAUUAAGAUUCAUUCGCAAACCCAAGGGAGAUUACGCUGGGUGCGACGCCAACCUUGGUACCAUUAUUAAUUUUGUGACAAUCUUAAUUUAAAGAAUCGCACAAAGAAUUCUCCGAAAUUAGAAUUGCCUUAAUUGUUAGUGAUAUAGCUAAUUAAAUUAAUCCUUGCCUAUGUAAUCGUACUAAUGAAGUAAAAUUAGAUGAUAUUUUUAUAAUAAGUUAUUAAAUUAAGCUACAAUGAUGUAGUGCCAAAGCUAUUUUCUUAACGAUAAUGAAAUUAUUUUGCUAAAAAUAGAGUUAAUUCGUUUUUUUUUAAUAUACAACUUUAUUGUGGAUUGAAUUAUUGUAACUUUUAAUAAUAAAUGAUUAUCUUCGUUAAUUUA